AGUCUGAACUCCAAGUUGUCUCUUCUGUCUGUGUCCAAAUCCGAGAGCGCUUCAGAGAGUUUUAAGAGCAGUGGAGCCAAAGCUAAAAGCAACAAAAAAUCGAAACGAAAAAUGUCUAAUUGGCAAGCGAAACUGUACGGACACGAUUCGUUAUCGCUUUCUAUAAAUUUCCCGCGUCCGCCACGUGUCCGUACGUUAAUGGCGUUUCCCAAACCCCAACGACUAGUAGUCUUAGCCAUGGCCGUUAAGCGCAGCCCUAAGCGUCUCAAAUACUCUACUCCUCGCUUCACCAAGGAGGGUGGCUUGCUUUAUGUUGAAGCCGAUUCAUCAGGAGCAGACAGCUGGAAAUUGGAGCCAAUUGUCGAUCUUUUGAAACGGGGAGCUGUUGGGGUCAUUCCGACAGACACUUUGUAUGCUAUAGUUUGUGAUUUGAAAAGCCCAUUAGCAAUUGAACGUCUUCGGAGGAUCAAGAAUAUAGAAACUUCAAAGCCUCUUAGCAUCUUAUGCCACUCUUUCCGGGACAUUGAUACAUAUACAACAGGAUUUCCUCGUGGUGAUGGCCAAGGGCAUGCCAAUAUAUUCCGAGCUGUUAAGCAUUGCUUACCUGGGCCUUAUACUUUCAUCCUAACUGCAAGUAAAGAACUACCUAAGCAGUGUAUAAGGAAUAGAACUGCAGCUGCCAAAUAUGCAGUGAGGAAAAACGUGGGUGUUCGCAUGCCUGAUGAUGCCAUAUGUCAAGCAAUACUCGAUAAGACAGAUGCACCUUUAAUUUCCACGAGUGUCAAGUGCCCAAAGGAGAAUGAGUGGCUGAUCGAUCCGGUUGUAAUAGCUGAUAUGUAUGGACCAGAGGGUCUUGACUUUGUUGUUGAUGGUGGGGUAAGAGUGGCAGAUCCGUCCACUGUAGUUGACAUGACAGUGAUGCCUCCAAAAAUAAUACGGCAGGGAAAGGGACCUAAAUUACACUGGAUGGUCGCAGAAGAUGAUAAUGAAUCUGAUGCUGUGCAUGAAGCAAACCUCAUCGUUGCUUCUGCAACUUAAAAAUAAUUGGAAACCCUGUAGAGAACCUUUAUUUGAAUACCUUUGAAGUUGUACAGUGGUUUUGCUUUCUCUUGCAGAUAGAUGAGAGCUUUAGUACCACACUUAUAGGAUACCAAAGAAAUGUAUCUUCCGUAAAUGUUCGGUCAAAAAAUGGUAAUAGUGUAAAAGGUUAUAGGAAAGACCGUUAUAAUAUACUUUUGUGUACGUAGCUACUUAUUGGGCAACUAUUUGGUGAUUUGUUUUGCAAUCAAGUUGCAUUAUGUACUGAA